CUACAUCUCCCGGCGAGCCCUGCCAGGGUUGUGCCCCUCUCCCGGCGUGCCGGGGGCGGCCCCGGAGGCAGGGAAGGGAGAAGAGGGGAGGAGAGGGAAGUGCGGUACCGAACGCAGCAGGCAUUAUGCUGCUUGAAGUAUUCCUGGUUCUGGGGACGGUCAUUAUCUACUUCUUAUUUUCCAAGAAGAAAGAAGAGACACUGCCCUUCAAAGAUGGAUGGUGGGGCAAGGGACAAAAACCUGACACUAAAGAAGAUACAACUAUUCGGCCAUUUAAGGUGGAGACUACAGAAGAAGAGCUGAGCGACUUAUUUAGGAGACUUGACCAGGCUCGGUUCACUGAGCCACUGGAGAACAGUUGCUUCCAUUAUGGGAUUAACUCAGUGUAUCUCAGGAAGGUUGUCUCCUACUGGAAAAACCAGUUCAAUUGGAAGAAACAAGUUGAAGUCCUCAACAAGUAUCCACAUUUCAAAACAAAGAUUCAAGGCAUUGAUGUCCAUUUUGUUCAUGUAAAGCCUCCUCGCUUGCCUGAAGGCCAGUCUGCAAAGCCAUUAUUAAUGGUUCAUGGUUGGCCUGGCUCAUUUUACGAGUUUUACAAAAUUAUUCCUCUCCUGACGGAUCCUGCAAGCCAUGGCCUCAGUGACGAACACAUUUUUGAAGUCAUUUGCCCAUCUAUCCCUGGUUAUGGUUUCUCAGAAGCACCUCACAAAAAAGACUUUAAUUCUGUAAGUGCUGCUUCUGUUUUCUAUGAAUUGAUGCUCAGACUGGGAUUCAAUGAGUUCUAUGCCCAAGGUGGUGAUUGGGGCUGGCUCAUCUGCACCAACCUGGCCCAGAUGGCUCCCAACCACGUGAAAGGUCUCCAUUUAAAUCUAGCCUCGGUUACGAAGGUGGGAUUCACUCACCUGCUCUCCGUUCUGCUGGGCCGCCACUUUCCUGGGCUCUUCGGUUUCCAGGAGGAAGACGUCAGAAGGAUGUUCCCCUUCUUGAAAAAAGGGCUCUACAGGAUCCUGGUGGAGUCUGGCUAUGCUCACAUACAGGCUACAAAGCCGGAUACUGUUGGCUGUGGUUUGAAUGACUCUCCUAUAGGACUGGCUGCAUAUAUCCUGGAGAAGUUUUCUUCCUGGACUGAUCUGGAAUUCCAGAAUUUAGAGGAUGGAGGACUAGAGAGGAAGUUUAACCUGGAUGAUCUGCUCACCAAUAUCAUGAUCUACUGGGUGUCAGGCUGUAUAGUGUCCUCAGUGCGUUUCUACAAAGAAAACUUUCAGAAGGGGAUAGGCACACAGAAACAUGAAAAACUCACAGUACAAGUACCUACUGGCAUUGCCUCCUUCCCUAAUGAAAUCAUGCACACACCUCAGGCUUGGGCCCAGAAGAAAUACACCAAUAUAGUUUCCUUCCAUUUCAUGCCUCAAGGUGGCCAUUUCGCAGCUUUGGAGGAACCUGAACUUCUUGCUAAGGAUAUUCUGCAAUUUGUGGGGAAAGUAGAGAAAGAGCAACUUUGGAAAAAUAAAAGGGAAUAACUUCCCUGACAAACAGCAGGGUGGGUAAUUACUUUUAGCUUAGCACAUGUACAGGGCUUACCAACUCUACUGUAAUCCAUGUAAUUAGAUCUUAUUACUGACCAGACAUGAGAGAGGACAGCAAGAAAAAUGCAGUAUAUCUCCAUGAGAUGCUGCCAUGGGGACCUACUGAUUUUGGGUUGGGGUUUGUUUUUCUUUUGUUCAGCUAGGCUAAGAAAGUAGCAGGAAGAUUACUUGGCUAUCUCCUAAAAUGUGUUGUUUAGUAUUCCUGACUCUUUGAGAUUAAAAUAUAGACCUUACAAUGUAACUAACAACAGUUUAAUUGUUAUGAAAGGUUUUUUUUUUUUUUUUUUUUUUUUUUUCAUGACAGCAGUAAAACUUGAGUUGCUGUAAGCAUGGAGUUCCUCACAUAAGGAAUGGGGAGCAGCCUAGCAAGACCUAACUUGCAUGAGUGCAUCAGGUAAUUGGCAUCAGUGAGCUACAGUACCUUUAAACGAGCCCAUUGCCUGCUGCUGGCUGCCUUUCUCUUCCAGCCUGGGCUGUUAAGCAGCUUCCUGGCUGUGAAGAAGCUCAGCUCCUCUGUGCCAGACUCCUGGGAUGGCACCAUGCAAAGAGCAACUGGAACACACAGGUGCCUGUAGGUCGGACCAAAAGGAGGGGCUGGGUAGGAGUAAUUAUAGCCCAAGCUACCUCUGCACUGAGUUUGUACUCGUGACUUAAAUCAUAGCCCAGGGUAAGCUCAACACACUGUGGUUUUGCACUGCUUUUGCAAGGCAUUGUAAAUACUCUUACUGAAGAAUAAAAAUUUGAUUAAUUCAAAAUAAAAAGAAACUCGCAUUAAAAA